AUGCGCGCGACGCGCGCGACGUCGCUCGCGAGACUCACCGCGAACGCCCUCGCGUCUUCGCGCGUCGUCAAUCGCGUCGACGGAUCGUUCAACCCCAUCGUCGUCGCCGAUGGAUCGAUCGUGAGCCAACGUGGUUUCACCGCUGCUGGCGAAUCAUUCCGUCGCCCACGCGCGUUCGGACGCUCGUUCGCGUCUGAAUCGGGCGCAUCAGACGACGGUACCGAUGGCGCGCCCGUGGACGCGAAGGACGCGGCGCUGAGGCGUCGGUACGAGGCGUUGUUCGCGCGUUUCGAGAACGCGCCGAGCAAGCAGCGACGCUUCUUACUCAACCUGGCGCUCAAGGGACAGAUGAGCGUCGCGGACGAGGACGACGGCGAGGAGGGGGGGCAGAGUGGAUUUAGGAACCGCGCGCUCAUGACGCGGGUGAUCGACGUGAAUCGAACGAAUAAGGUGACCAAGGGGGGGGACCUGACGAAUUUCACGGCGCUCGUGGUGGUGGGGAACGGCGACGGCGUCAUCGGAUUUGGCUCCGGGAAGGGGGCGGACGUGGGUUUGGCGAUCGAUAAGGCGUAUAGAAAGGCGUCGAGGUCAUUGGUGUACGUCAAACGAUUCGAUGAGCACACGAUCUAUCACGAGGUGAAGGGGAAGUAUUGUAAGACGUUGGCGGUGAUGCUGCCGGCGGCGAGCGGUUCGGGCAUCGUGGCCAACGACACCGUGGAGGCUAUCUGCACGCUCGCGGGGAUCAAGAAUAUCAAGGCGAAGAUACACGGAAGCCAUCACCCGCACAACACCGUUCGGGCGGUUUUUGACGCUUUAGAGGCGGUGGAGUCGCCAGAGGAUGUCGCCGAGCGCACGGGCAUGAACAUCUACCGAGACAGGAUUUGA